AUGGGUGUCGGAGGGAAGAAAAAUGCUCAAAAGCAGAAAAAAAUCAACCCGUUCGAGCUGAAAUUCAACAAAUCCAAGCAUGAUAUUCUUGGUCGUAAGAAAGGCGCGCAGGUGGGAGCACCUACUGCAUCGCGUAAACGUGCUCAUGAGCAGCGUGAGAAGACGUUGGGUGUCGAAUACGACAGAAAGAACAAAAUCAGCAAGAUUGUUGAUAAACGAUUGGGAGAACGAGACGAUAAGACGGAGGAGGAGAAGGGAGCGAUGAGAUUUACGGAGGAAAGAGUCAAAAAUUAUAAAAGAUCGGCGAAAUUCAAUUUGGCUGAUGAGAUGGGCGAUGGCGAUGAGGAAGAGGUCCUGACUCACAAAGGAAAAUCGCUAUCGGACAUUGAGAAAUACGACAAAUCGAUGAUUUCUGACUCGGACGACGACGAGGAGCCGGGAAAUUUGGGCUCUCGAAUGGUUCGUAUCGCGCAUUUCGGUGGCGGAGAGAAGACGGCCGAAGAGUUUGUAAAAGAGAAAAUGAGUCGAGAAGAUAUGAUCUCCAACUUAAUUGCAAAGACAAAGCUGGCGAGACACGAGAAACAGACACAGAAAGACGAGUUGGAGUUGAUGACCGAGUCGUUGGAUGCGAAAUAUGCGAAUCUGAUGGGAAAAAUGAAGGCGUCGUUUCGGCCGACUGGAAGACAACCGAUUGAGAAGGAUGAUUACGAUAAAUUGGCUAUCACCCUCCGAAUGGAAGCGGACGCUCGUGCGACACCAGCCGAUCGUAAACUGACUGAAGAGGAGGAGGCAGCAAAAGAAAAAGAGCGUCUCGAGAGUCUCGAAGCGGCGAGAAUCUCGAAAUCGAAUGCUUCAUUCAAUUCGAGAAGCCACGUGUCUGCAGACGCCGACGUCGACAUUGAAGCGGGCGAAAAGGCGGAUUUGAGGAAGUUAAAGGCGAAAAAUGCGAGAUUUGAAGUGAAAUUUGAUGGAGAUGGUGGGAUGAUUGACGAGGAUGACGUGGAGAAGUCGAGGAUUCUGAAGGCGUCGUCGGGAGAUUCUGAUGAGGAUUCAGAUGAUGACGUUGACGAUGAAGAGGAAGAGGAAGAUUUGGAUGAUUUGAUGGAGGAGGAUUUGGAUGAGGAUUCUGGGGAUUCUGAGGAUUCAGAAGGCGAAAAUGAUGAAGAAGGCGUCAAAAAGAAGGCCAAAAAGACCAAAAAAAGUGAAAAAUCGCUGAAAAAAGCUGAAAUUUUGGAUGAAACAGUGCCAUUUACCUUCGAAAUGCCGAAAAACUAUUCGAAAUUCUGCGUUCUCCUUGAAAAAUACUCGAAAUCGAUGGAUUUAGUGCUCGAAAGACUUGUGAAAUGUCAUCAUCCGAGUCUUAAAGAGGGAAAUAAGAAACGGCUGAAUAAGUUGUUUCUAAUGUGUCUCCGAUGGUUUGAUGAUAUGGCGAAAGAGGAGGAAAUUGGAGAGAAGACGAUUUGGGAAAUGAAUUUGGCACAGAAAACUAUGUUUGGGCUGAUGAAAUUCGACAUUCAAUACGGUGUCCGUUGCGUGCGUGCUCUCAUCCGUCAACACUGGAAAGCACGUCAAGAGAAACAGACGAAAUCUCCAGUUUCAUUCGGUUUGAUCUCUGCGAUUCGCCUGGUUUCCGGUCUCUUUCCAGUCGCUGAUCAAUGGCAUCCUGUCGUCGUUCCCGCAUUCUUUUUGGCCACUGAAGCUCUUUGCGCCGCGAAAAUUUCGAAUUUAACGGUUUUGGCGAAACAAAUUCAGUUGGCAAAUGCUAUUGUGGAAUACGUUUCCGAUUCGAAGAGAUACGUCCCGGAACUCGUCGCAUUCGCCAGAAGUGCCAUCCUAUUGGCUGUAACUGAGAAACCGGAAAAGUUCUCAACAAAUGGAUUCCCGAUUUCGAAACCACACUCGGAAAUGUUGUGUGUUACGGAGAAGUUCACCGGCACACUCUCUCCAAUCUCUCUCAGCGCUCUCUUCUCGACGUCUUCUGCUUCUGAAUCGGCAGACUCCGCCUCCAUGAAGAUUACAGUACUCCGUGCAGUGAUUUCACUGAUUCAACACCUUCGAGUGAUGUAUUCCAACCAAAAUGAGACAUAUAACAUAGUAUUCCAUCCAUUUCUAAAAUCUCUGAAAUCAAUCAAUACCGUAUUCCUUCCGAAAGAAGUUCUGGAAGAGUUGGAGACAUUAAUUGCAUCAAUGUCGGCUGAAAUCGGCGCGAAAAGUCGUUUGACUCAUCUGUCAUUGGUUAAGACUGAAAAAUCGAUGCUAAAAAUGUUGGAACCGAGAUUUGAAUGGGAUUUCGACCCGGAGAGGCCGCAUAAGGGACCGAAAGACGAUAAGAAACGGUUGACGAAGAAUUUGAGGAACGAGAAGCGAGGCGCCAUUAAAGAAUUGAGAAAAGACACGGCAUUCCUGGCGAGAAAACAGAUUUCCAGUGUGAAAACGAAGGAUCGAGCGAGAAUUGCCGCUACGAAGAGAGUGAUGGGCGGUUUGAUGCAACAACAAGGAGAAUGGAAUAAGGAAAAGAGGACGAAUGAUGUGGAGAAGAAGAAGACUAAGAAAUAG